AACAACUGUUAGUUCCGUUGUGACCGUUGCUUGAAACCCAUUCCUAUGGCCCGCACCAAGCAAACGGCUCGUAAGUCCACUGGCGGCAAAGCGCCACGCAAGCAGCUGGCCACUAAGGCGGCUCGCAAAAGCGCGCCGGCCACCGGUGGCGUGAAGAAGCCCCACCGCUACCGGCCUGGCACCGUCGCCCUCCGUGAAAUACGCCGCUAUCAGAAAUCGACUGAGCUACUGAUUCGCAAGCUGCCAUUCCAGCGUCUGGUACGGGAGAUUGCGCAGGACUUCAAGACCGACCUGCGCUUCCAGAGCUCGGCGGUGAUGGCGCUGCAGGAGGCCUGCGAGGCUUACUUGGUGGGGCUCUUUGAGGACACCAACCUGUGUGCCAUCCACGCCAAGCGAGUGACUAUCAUGCCCAAGGACAUCCAGCUAGCUCGCCGCAUUCGCGGAGAGAGGGCAUGUUACAGCAUCCCGGAUCACAUUCUCCAGAAACACCUUAAGCACACCUCGGGUCUCCUCAUAAAUGAGGCCCGAGAUGCGUUUCACGCCGCCGCGUCGGGCCAAACGACGGAUGGCAGGUUUCACAAAAACAUGUCGGAGACUGCUCCAGUUGCUCCUAUCACUCCUGCACCCGCAGAAAAAAUACCUGUGAAGAAAAAGGCGAAGAAGGCAGGCGCUACUGCUGGGAAACGCAAGGCAUCCGGACCGCCAGUGUCUGAGCUCAUCACCAAGGCAGUGGCAGCUUCCAAAGAACGCAGCGGUGUUUCUCUGGCCGCGCUUAAGAAAGCGCUUGCGGCUGCUGGCUACGAUGUAGAGAAAAACAACAGCCGUAUCAAGCUUGGCCUCAAGAGCUUGGUGAGCAAGGGUACUCUGGUGCAGACCAAAGGCACCGGUGCUUCUGGCUCCUUUAAACUGAACAAGAAAGCCGCUUCCGGGGAAGGCAAACCUAAGGCCAAGAAGGCUGGCUCAGCCAAGCCUAGAAAGCCCGCUACAGCAGCCAAGAAGCCCAAGAAAGCGAGUGGCGCUGCUACCCCGAAGAAAAGCGUCAAAAAGACUCCUAAGAAGGCAAAGAAGCCAGCAACAGCUGCUGGGACCAAGAAAGUGACCAAGAGUGCGAAAAAGGUGAAAACACCCCAGCCAAAAAAAGCCGCCAAGAGUCCAGCUAAGGCCAAAGCUCCUAAGCCCAAGGCAGCCAAGCCUAAGUCGGCGAAGCCGAAGCACGGCCGCCAGGUAACACUGGCGUGCUGGCCCAACCUGCUCGGAGUAACUGUCUUUGCGGAGGACUCGUUUCGAAGCUGUACCUUUGUAUGGAAAGGCGGAAUAUUUUUCUGUAAGAACUUGGAAGUCGUCAAAGGAUUUUCAUUUGAUGAUAAACAUGGGGUUGGCACUCAAAAAGAUUUACGCUCUCUCGCCACGAAUGCGGCGGGCAAGCUGGAUAUCCUUAGGCAUGAUGGUGACGCGUUUGGCAUGGAUAGCGCACAGGUUGGUGUCCUCAAAAAGCCCCACCAAGUAAGCCUCGCAAGCCUCCUGCAGUGCCAUCACAGCGGAACUCUGAAAGCGCAGGUCGGUCUUGAAGUCCUGAGCGAUUUCUCGCACCAGGCGCUGAAACGGCAGCUUUCGGAUAAGAAGCUCGGUGGACUUCUGGUAGCGACGAAUCUCGCGCAAAGCCACGGUACCAGGGCGGUAGCGAUGAGGCUUCUUCACGCCACCCGUAGCUGGAGCACUCUUGCGAGCUGCUUUAGUGGCCAGCUGCUUUCGCGGUGCUUUACCGCCUGUGGAUUUACGAGCGGUCUGCUUAGCAGCAGCACGGCCUGGAUGUUGGGCAGGACACCGCCCUGCGCAAUGGUCACGCGACCUAGAAGCUUAUUUAGCUCCUCGUCGUUGCGGAUGGCUAGCUGCAGGUGGCGCGGGAUGAUGCGGGUCUUCUUGUUGUCGCGAGCCGCGUUGCCAGCUAGCUCCAAGAUCUCAGCGGUCAGAUAUUCCAGCACCGCCGCCAGGUACACCGGAGCGCCCGCCCCGACUCCUAAGUCAGCUCCUGCUCCGAAGAAGGGCUCCAAGAAGGCUGUGACCAAGGCGCAAAAGAAGGAUGGCAAGAAGCGCAAGCGCAGCCGUAAGGAGAGCUACUCCGUAUACGUGUACAAGGUGCUGAAACAGGUUCACCCCGAUACCGGCAUCUCGUCGAAAGCCAUGGGCAUCAUGAAUUCCUUUGUAAACGACAUCUUCGAGCGCAUCGCAGGCGAGGCUUCCCGCCUGGCGCACUACAACAAGCGCUCCACCAUCACCUCCAGGGAGAUCCAGACGGCCGUGCGACUGCUGCUUCCCGGAGAGCUGGCCAAGCACGCAGUGUCCGAAGGUACUAAGGCUGUCACCAAGUAUACAAGCUCCAACUCAGACCCGGAUGACGUCACCAAGGACACCAGUUCCCGCCGGAAGAGUGCGCUCUCCAUGGAGGCGUCUCUGCAAGUCUUACGUCCCCAAAGAGGAAAUUUAGGCACCUACACAGCAGCAAACCCCUCAAAUCAAGAUAAAACCAAAUCUGUUGGUAAACACAGAAAAUAUGCAGAUAUCAAAAUGUCCGGACGCGGCAAGCAAGGCGGAAAGGCUCGAGCCAAAGCUAAGACCCGAUCUUCUCGGGCGGGGCUCCAGUUCCCUGUGGGCCGAGUGCACCGCUUGCUCCGCAAGGGCAACUACUCCGAGCGAGUUGGGGCCGGCGCGCCGGUGUAUCUGGCGGCGGUGCUGGAGUACCUGACUGCCGAGAUCUUGGAGCUGGCGGGCAAUGCGGCCCGCGACAACAAGAAGACCCGCAUUAUCCCCCGACACCUGCAGCUGGCCAUCCGCAACGACGAGGAGCUAAACAAGCUGCUGGGUAAAGUCACAAUUGCUCAGGGCGGUGUCCUGCCCAACAUCCAAGCUAAGUUCGCAAUGGCUCGUACCAAGCAGACAGCUCGCAAGUCCACGGGUGGGAAGGCGCCACGCAAGCAGUUGGCCACCAAGGCUGCUAGAAAGAGCGCUCCGGCCACCGGCGGCGUGAAGAAGCCCCACCGCUACCGGCCCGGCACCGUGGCUCUGCGGGAGAUCCGCCGCUACCAGAAGUCGACCGAGUUACUGAUUCGCAAACUGCCAUUCCAGCGUCUGGUCCGUGAGAUCGCGCAGGAUUUCAAGACCGAUCUGCGCUUCCAGAGCUCGGCGGUGAUGGCGCUGCAGGAGGCCUGCGAGGCCUACCUAGUGGGGCUGUUUGAGGACACCAACCUAUGCGCCAUUCACGCCAAGCGAGUGACUAUCAUGCCCAAGGACAUCCAGCUUGCUCGCCGCAUUCGUGGGGAGAGGGCGUAAAUUUUGUUGUCAAUGUGUGCUAACCAAAACCCAAAGGCUCUUUUCAGAGCCAAUCACCUUUUCUAUAAAAGUUGCUGUGUACUGUU